AUGUAUCGUGCGCUGAUUGCUACCAUCGUCCUGAUUGCGGCCGUCGCCGCCGGCCCCCUGGAUCACCUGCACCAGCAGCACCCGGAUGCUCAUGCCACGAUCCUGGCGUACGAGAAUGUCCUGCAGGACGAUGGCCACUACCACUGGAACUACGAGACGAGCAACGGAAUCGCUGCCCACGAGGAGGGCCUCGGUGGCCACAGUGCCAACGGGGCCUUCUCGUACACCGGUCCCGAUGGUGUCCUGUACCGUGUGACGUACGUCGCCGACGAGGCCGGCUUCCGGCCGCAGGGUGAUCAUCUUCCGACUCCGCCACCGACUCCGGAGCACGUGUUCAAGACUCUGGAGCAGAUCCGUGCCAACCCACCCAAGGACCAGAAGGACUUCAGCCUCGAGGCUCUCGAUGCUACGAUCGCCCGGCUGCAAAUGUUCAAAGUGGUGAUCGCUUUAAUUGCCGUGGCAGCAGCAGUGGUGGUGGCCGCUCCGGCACCGGCCGCGGAUGAUGCGUCGGCCAACAUUCUGACGUACGAAUCGAAGCAGGAGCCGGACGGGGCGUACUCCUACAAGUACGCCACCAGCAACGGCAUCCAGGCGGAGGAAAGCGGCAUCGGGGGUCAGUCGGUUCAGGGGUCAGCCUCGUGGGUCGGUGACGACGGAGUACCGAUCGUGCUGACGUACACCGCGGACGAGAACGGAUUCCACCCGCAGGGAGUGCAUCUGCCGACGCCACCGCCCAUCCCGGACUAUAUCCUGCGGGCCCUCCGGUACAUCGAGGCCAAACAGGCCAGCCAGAACGGUGGUGGGAAGUGA